AUGGAAGCGAAACGUUUACACCGAAACUUGAUGUAUGAAGGUACCAAUGUGAUUUCAGCACUUUUAAAUCCAGAUAUGUUCCCCGAAUACAUGAACAGAGCGAAUGAGCUUGGUUUUUCGGGAGAAGUCUUCCUCGACACUUUCCCCGAAAAUCGGAAGGUGAUUGGUACUCACAGUGGUACUUUCCAUUCGGACGAAGCUCUGGCGGUUUCCCUUUUACGAACUCUUCCCGAAUAUCGAGAUCAUGUAAUUAUGCGAACUCGUAAUCAGGAAUUACUGAAGAAGUGUGAUAUUGUUGUGGAUGUCGGUGGUGAGUAUGAUUUUGAAAAAAAACGGUUCGAUCAUCAUCAAAAGGGAUUUGAGUGUACGUUCGAUUCUCAACACAAAACGAAGUUGAGUUCUGCCGGUUUAAUUUACAAACAUUUCGGUCGUGAAAUCAUCGGAGCGAUUCUGAACCGCUCUCUGCCCCCAGCCGACUUAGACUACGUUUAUCACAAAGUCUACGACCACUUCGUCGAAGAAAUCGACGGCACGGACAACGGCGUGAAUAGCAGUAGCGGUGACUCGAACUACAAAGUGACGACGACGAUCUCGAGCCGCGUGGCGCGUCUUGGGAUUUCUUGGCGCGAAGAAUGGAGCGAAGAGAAAGAGCAAGAGCGUUUCCGCUUCGCAAUGGGGCUGAUGAUCGGAGAGUUCUGGCAGCGCGUUCAUAUCGAGGCGGACGAGAUCCUGCCGGCGCGCGGAAUCGUGCGCGAGGCGAUGGAGAAGGCGAAGGAGGUGCAUCCGUCGGGGGAAAUUCUGGUGAUGAAGGAGAGCUGUCCGUACAUGGAGCACGUGUUUGAGCUGGAGAAGGAGCGCGGAGAGGAGGGAAAGACGAAGUUCGUGGUGGUGGAGAACACGGACGGGUCGUGGCGAGUGCGUGCGAUGAACGCGGGCCCCGGAACGUUCGAGGUGAGAAAGAAGAUUUUGGCGAAGUGUUUGGGACUGCGAGACGAGGAACUGAGCCGAGCGAGCGGAAUCGAAGGGUGCAUUUUUGUGCAUAUAAACGGGUUUAUUGGGAGCAAUAAGACGAAAGAAGGAGCGUUGAAGAUGGCGAUUCAGUCUUUGGAGUGA